ACAGUUGCCCCAUCGGAGCACCAUUGGAAGUGCCAUGUAAGCCUGGCACAUAUAGCAGUGCUCCUGGCGCCGCCCAGUGUCUCUCAUGCCCUGCUGGCACAAUGUGUCCUUCCCCUGGCACACAGGAGCCUUUUCCAUGUCCCAUGGGUCAUUUUUGCCCUGUUGGCACUGCUGCAGCUGUACCCUGCCCUGUGGGCACACUGGGACAGGUUACAAGGGCUCAGUCAGAAAGUGCCUGUGUGCCCUGCCCUACUGGCCUCUACUGCAGUUCACCUGGAACAUCACAACCACAGGGCCAGUGCCAGCAGGGUUAUUUCUGCCAAGGAGGGUCUCCAAAUCCUGCACCGCUGAAUACAACUGGCUACCUCCGGAAUGGCCCUUGCCCUCGUGGUCAUUUUUGCCCUUCUGGGACCCAAAUGCCUCUGCCCUGCCCAGCAGGCAGCAUUCGUAACCUCACCGGGGGUUACUCCAUAGAAAGCUGUCUUCCUUGCCCAGCAGGGUAUUAUUGUGCCAGCGAGGGCCUGAAUGCUCCAACAGGCCCCUGUGCUGCUGGCUUUUACUGCCCCAUAGACUUCUCCUCCACCACCCCACACGCCUUCCUAUGCCCUAAGGGUCAUUAUUGUACUUUGGGUUCACCCCUGGCCUUGCCAUGCCCCACAGGACAGUACCAACCGAAUCCAGGCUCGGAUAACUGCAUCCCCUGCCGUCCGGGCUAUUACUGUGAGGAGGCAAUUAUUGGAGACCCCCGGCCAUGUCCGCCACAUUCCUACUGCCCUGCGGCCACAAUGGUUCCUCAGCCUUGUCCAAAUGGCACAUACACCCCACCUGAGGUCAGGGGUCUGCAGGAGGAGAGAGAGUGUUUGCCGUGUCCACCAGGAAAGUUCUGCAAGGCUGGAAAGGUCAAAGGUCUGUGUGCUGCUGGAUUUAUAUGCAUCUCUGGCAGUUCAGAGUUCACCCCUCAGGCGGAUUUUCUUCUCAACAGAGACCAGUGUGAGUGGGGAGUGCAGUGUGCUGGACCAUGUCCUGCUGGCUUUUAUUGCCCUGAAGGAACUGAGGAACCUUUAUCUUGUCCUGCCAACACUAUAAGAGAAACCCCUGGAGCAAGUGCUAUACAUAACUGUUUGCUUUGUCCUCCAAGACAAUGGUGCUUAGAGGGUGAACCCAUCCCACGCUUGUGUCCACCAGGCUAUUACUGUGAUGGCAUAGCUGAUUAUGAGUCUGAGGGGCGGCCCGGGCCCAGAAAAUGUCCCCCAUUCACAUACAGGCCCACAUCUGGGGCAGGGAGCAAGGGAGACUGUCUCACCUGCCCACCUGGCACUUUUUGUAACUCCACAGGGCUCACUGAUUUCUCAAGCUUCCUUUGCCCACCGGGUCAUUGGUGCAGUGGGACAGGUUUCCCAGUGCCCUGCCCUGCAGGCACUAUGAGGGCACAGGCCGGGGCAGCUGCUGUCAGCCAGUGUGAACUUUGCCCUCCUGGAACCUACUGCCCAGACCCUCGCACCACAGGCCAGCCUAAUACAGCAGGCAUCCCAUGCCGAGCUUCUUAUGAAUGUCCUGCAGGCUCAGUGACAGAGAUCCCUUGCAGAGCUGGUUCGUACUGUAGACCCCAGACAGGAGAGCCCAGACCGUGUCCUGCAGGAUACUACUGUCCUGAAGGAUCUGACACCUACAGCUCACCGAUGCAAGUAUGUACUUUUCCACAUUACUGUCCAGCCAACAGCUCUGCUAUGCUGUCCUGUCCGGACGGCUGGAUGCCGCUGAACACCAGUGGACUGAGGAAGUCCCAGGAGAGCAGCUGUGUGCUGUGUGGGGCCGGCACCUAUCGGCCUCGUUGGUCCACUCACCUCCAGUGCCUCCUCUGCCCUCCAGGAUAUCACUGCCCUCCGGGCUCACACCAUUACAGUGAUCAAUCCUGUCCAGUAGGGUACAUUUGUCCACAAGGCAGCUCUGAGCCUGUUCCCUGCCCGCCUGGAUCAUAUGGAAACCACACUAGUGCAGAAUCACUUGAGGAAUGUCACAAAUGCCCACCAGGCACCUUCAAUCACUUGUACGCUCAGAGAGCCUGUUUCCCCUGUGGGAGUUCUUCCACCUCAGAUGCAGGGGCGUCCUCUUGUACCUGCAUAGGCAAAAACCGUGCGUUUCAGCAGUCGGAUGGGUCAUGCUUGUGUAAGACCGGUUUUGUCUUCUACAAUCAAUUGGACUUAAAAAGCUUCACUGCAGAUAGUGAACUGGACUGUCAGCCUGAGGUAAAGAAGCGCUGUUGGGCAGGUCAAGUGAGGUUGGCCUCUACGCUGGAAUGUGUCGUCCCAUCCACCUACUCCUGUAAUGUUACGUGUGGACCUCAGGGAGGGACUUUGGAUGUAGGGAUGGGCAUUUGUCACUGUGAGAGGUACGUGUCAGUGGAGGAGCUGUGUAACUCUUCAUGCAUGUCCACACUACCGGUGCUCUCUGCCAGGCUGGAUACAGAGGGACAGCUGCUGUUGAGAAUUAAAGCCACAGAUGAAAACAAAACCUGGAGCAGGAAUAUGAGAGAUGUACUAGGACCUGAUGUUCACGUCAAGAACAUUGGAAGGAUCCACUUUGUCCAGUUUUCUCCCGAGGGAGUGUUUGGUUGGAUUUUAAAAGACCCUGUGCUCAUUGACUCUUUAAUGUCAGAACCAGUUGAAAUUCUAGAGAGAGAUUUCAGAGUGAGAAGACAUGCUGAUCAGAAUGAGGUUUCAGCGCCUCUUCCACGAAUUCCAAAUCCCAUAGCAUGUCUGUCCCCAAAUGACAUGCUCAUCUUUCAGCUCACGAUCAACCACAUUGACCGCCACCACAGUCACUUCCCAGUAUACCAGAAGGACCACCUGUUCAGCAGUAACCCAGGCUGGGAUUUUGGGUCCUUCAGACGUCUGCAGCAUCUCGUCAUACACACACAGCUAAAUUCCAGCAGAUUUGCACAUGUGUUCAUGGAGCCGGGAAAGUAUGUGUUCCUGGAUAACGCAGUGCCGGACUGGAGUCUGAUAGUAGUCGUGAGUGAGCAGGGCUCUGAGUGUAACCCCACAACAGCCUCGUUCCAGCCCACGACCCCUGCACAGCUAGUGCGACAUGGGAUUGUCAAACAACACAGCUUAAACCUGCUUCCAGACUGGGGGCUCAUCACAGGGAUCUUGUCUCUGCUGGUCUUGUUGAUACUACUGUUGACAGCCUCUGCUCUUGUCUUGAGGCCUAAUCGUUCCAACCUCAUCGCUCGAGGGAGGCCAAAGCCCAAGUGGCGCAGCUUGGGUGAACCCAGUGUUCCUAUCGAAUAUGUUUUUAAUACAGACGGUUUGGACGGCUCUGAGCCUCUAGGUCUGAGAGGGGUGGGAGAGGGGGCAGAAUCAGAGGAACUUGCUCUUUACAAAGGAGGUUUCAGAACUUCACUAAUGGACCUGGAGGAGUUCAAUGUGAAAACGCUGUAUGACAAGUUAGAGGAUCAGAACUUACAUCUGGCAUCCCAGCUGGCGAAGCAUCGCAAAGACACACAGGAGUUUUACAGGAACAUGUGUCAACAAAUUGAUGCUUUGAGGGACACACUAGAAAAUAUGGAACCCUCAAAACUGAACCAGUUGAAAAAAAUACUAGACAGUGAAGCUCUGAUGAAAAGAGAAACUGCUCAUGAGCCGUGGAUGGGGCUGAUGGAGGCUGUGCUGAGAUCUUUGGAGGGAGUGCUAUGCAGGAUGAAUGGGGAGGUCUGGCAGCAACAGGACAGCACAGCUAUAAAUAGCCACAGAGACAUCAGAGAGAGUGAACUUCCCACCAGAUACAUUCAGUUUUCCCCCUCAGACAUGCCCGAGUUUAAAGUGGGUGCUGAUACAGAGGCAGCUUCCUCAGAUCCAGGUCAACAGCAGAGCACCGUCCCCUGUGUGAGUGAAGAGGAACUGGCCAAGUUUGUGUCUCUGACGCCUCUCUCCAAAACACUGCAGGAGAUAAAGGAAUCUCUCCAGAUGCUUGUCCAAACGCCCAGGACUGAGGACGUAAUUAUCUGCCCAGCGGAGAGUGAACCAUCGCACCUGAUCCCUGUUGCCCUUGACAACCUUUCCCCCCAGCAUUUUGCAGUCUUCCUGUUUGGCUGCCAUGUUGCACGUCUGUUGAGCAGAGCUUGUGACUUCCCCCCUGUCAUGCUGCUGUUGGCCAGGACGGUGCCAGUCUCGCACUGUGAUAACCUGCUGGCCUACUGUCAUAAAGACUUCUAUUAUGACACAGCCAAUCAAAUUCUGUACAUACUGGAGAAGAAGCUUCAAAAUGCUGGCCAGUUCAUCUCCAUUCUCUUGCACUCUAUGGCCUAUAUAACCUCAGGUUCAAAAUCUCUCGACUUCAUAAAAGCCUUCCACUUGGCCAUAUCGGCGUUAAGCAUGCAGUUGUUUCAUCAAUCUUUCACCGAAGACCAUAGGAAAGGAAAGAUGGACAAGGAAAACACACCGGAGGGCUUUGGAACAUUAGUAGAGGACUUCUUCAGUGUAAAAAUACCUAUUGAAACCCAUUUUUCACAGAACCUGCUGGCUGAGAGACUUCAAGAAUAUAAGUACUUCAAGUUGGAACAGCUCCUGCAGGAACUAAAACCAACUCUGAAAGACAGGCAUGGAGAUGGACGAGGGCAAACUGGCCUAAAGACUCAAGUCCCAGUGCUGUGUGUGGAGAGAGAAAUAAGCAGACUUAAUGAAGUUUACCAGCAGCUCUCCUCUGAACUCCACAGGGUAAUGCUCAUACGUAGCCCACCGGAAACGACAGAGUCCAAGUUUGACAAACCUCUACAGGAGCAACAGAUAAUGCUGGAGCUGCAGAAGUGUCCGGUGGAUCAGAGGCUGAAGGAGAUGAGAGACAGACUAUCUAAACUGACUCCUAAUGAAGACAGAGCAGAUCACAGCAAAGUGCUCCCUCAGAAAGACAGCCAGACUCCCAGCAGACGUAAACCAGAGAAACAGACACCUGCCGCAGGGAAGUCCAGCAACAAGAAAAAGCAGAGCAAGCCCAUGGACAAAGAUGAGGAAAAGCGUGUGACUGCGUGAGGAGUAACGUUUUAAUUUCUAAUGUAACAAGUUACUAUACCAGCGACUAUCAGUUUGGACCUUUCAGAAGUGUGAGGUCGAUAAGAUUUUAUUAUAAAUGUUUUUGAAGGGAGCCUUCCACCAAGGCUGCAUUUAUUUAAUUCUGUUAAAUAUUUAA